GCACCGGUGCCCGCGCCGUGCGCCCUCCUCGCUCCCAACUCAGUCUUCGUCGUCUCCCCGCGCCUCCGGGGCUCUCUCUGUCUGCCUGUCUGUCUGUCUCAGGGACUCUCGCGCCGCCCUUCGGAGAUGAGAUCCGGUUCGUAGCCCCAGGCCCUCCCGUCCCGCUCCCUCCAGGACUAGGCGGGGGCGGGGGCUACACCGGGCUGACGGACCCGCAGACGCACACAUCCGCACUCGAGAGAGGAGCUGCCGACCUGUCACCCCGUCACCAUGGACCCCCCAUCCCUGGAUGCAGCCAUCCAGCACGUCCUGGCAGGCCUCUACCCUCCUUUUGAGGCCACAGCGCCCAUUGUCCUCAGUCAGGUGUUCCGCCUGCUGGACUCUGACUUCCAGGGGGAUGGGCUGAGCUUCCUCCUGGAUUUCCUGAUCCCUGCCAAGCGCCUGUGUGAGCAAGUUCGCGAAGCCGCCUGUGCCCCCUAUGCCCACCGCCUCUUCUUGCACGAGGGCUGGCCACUCUGCCUGCGGGAUGAGGUUGUGGUCCACUUGGCACCACUCAAUCCCCUCUUACUGCGCCAGGGUGACUUCUACCUCCAAGUGGAGCCCGGGGAGGAGCAGUCUGUCAGCAUGAUGAUCAAAUGCCUCUCCUUGGACCUCCGUACAGUGGACAAGAAGCCUGUUCCUGAGUCAUCCCACCCUCUGCUUUUCACGCAAGAGUGGCUGGAGGCCAUCAACAGUGACUUGGGGGGAAGUCCCCUGCACAACUGCCUGGUGGCUUCAGAAAAUGGGAUUGCCCCUGUGCCUUGGGCCAAGAUCACCAGCCCAGAGUUUGUGGAUGGUAGACCCCAGGCAAAGACGGUCCCUUCACCUGCCUGGGACUCCCUUCCACUGGAGGCACUUGAUCUGCGCAGCCCCCAGGAGCUGCACCUGGCCAGUUCCCCAGGCAGCCAGGUGCUUUUGGCCCAGAAUUCGGUCAAGGAUUCAGGUAGAACAUCUGGGAGCAAGUAUCCAGGACUCAUCAAGGUGGAACAAUCCAGGUCUGGGGAGGUGGCCUUCAAGAUGGACAGUGGGUUCCAUCAGGGCUUAGAGGGAGACUACGUGGCUCUCCUGGGCUUUUCCCAAGAGAACAGUGGAAAGACUCCCAGUCAGGAAGUGGAGGCAUCUAGUGGGUGUGCUUUGGGGGCACUAGGUGAACUAUGUAGGACUAGGGAGAUUCCUCUGUCUCAAAGGACAUUGGCUCUCUCAGAGCCUGAUGGGGGGCCUUCCUUGCAAAACUGGGAUUCUGCAAAGCCAACAAACUCAGAGGAGGAGCUCUGCAUUUUGGGACUGGGGAGAAAGGCUGAGCAUAGAGGGCUUGCCCACAACUCAGAGCGACAACCCUACAUUAGUGUUCCUGAGGAGCCACUGGACGGUGCCUCUGGCCUCUGGCCAGCUGGUUCAGAAGAGCCAGCUACCUCCAAGAUGCAAGGACCUCUGGGAAACCCAGAGACCAUGGUCCAGCUCAGGCCCGGACCGAGACAAACAUCUUCUCCUUGCCUGUCCCCAGCUUCUCCUGUGGGCCCAGCCUCUGAAACCAAGGUGGAAAAGACCAAGAAGGGAGACAGGAGACUUCCCAAGCCCAAGGCCCAUGCUGGUCAGAACACGUCCACUUCCUCCUUCUCUGGGUCUCCUACCGCUGGGCUCAAACCCUCCUUUUUGAAGGUGCAGAGGCGAUUCCCUGUGCCCCAGGACAAAGCUUCACUCCAGCAUGACCAGCCUUGGAGAGCCCUAUCUUCACAGUAUUCUUCUAAGCCACACCAAGCCAAACCCCUGGAGAAAGAUGGAACAACUCAGACAAAAACAUCUGGCCCUGUUGCUGACUCAAGCCUACUGUCUGGGAAGAAAGCUGGCUUCCCAGAAGCUGCGGCAGGCCCCCCAGAAAGAGCCCCUGGCCUGGAGGAGGAGCCCCCAGGGCCUGAGCCCAAGAUCGAGACUGUGGGUGCUGAGGUCUUCCACUCCAGGAUAGCCUGCCUGCCAGGUGGUCGGGACAGAGCAGGGCGACCCCUCCUUCUGGUGUCAACUGCAGAGGAGGCCUGGAAGGCACCAUGGUGCACAGCCUUGGAGGUCACUAAGUUGCUGUCCUACCUGUGCAGCAUCCCCAGGCCAGAAGAUACAGCCAAGGGCCUGGUGGUUGUGAUCGAUGCCAGGAAACAGCCGCCACAGUCAGCUCUGGUCAGUGCCCUGCAGGCCACCCAGGCUGUGGCCCCAGCCUCCUUCAGCGCACUGCUCAUCCUGGGGGAGAAGGAGGACGCUGUCCCGCUGCAGGUGUCACUUGACAUCCAGGUGGAGGUGCUGGCCUCGCUGAAGGCCCUCAGCCACCAUGUGGACCCCAGCCAGCUGCCCGCAGCCCUGAACGGCUCCUUCCCCUACUGCCACAGCGAGUGGGUGCAAUUCUUCCAGAAGUUGGAUCCUUUCCUUGCUGAGCUUCACCGGGCCUCCUCCCUGCUGCAGGCUUCCAUCGAGGAGUUUGAGAAGGGUGACCCCCCUGGGGGGGUGCAGGAGGCUACCAGUUGUCUGAGCAAGUCCAAGGAGCUGAUGGAGGCUGUGCUGAGAGACCCGGGCCUGCUGCACCUGCAGCAGGAAGGUGGGGCCACCCUGGCCAGGCUGCAGUGUGAGGCCAGCAGGCUGGACUCUAGCCCUGACAUCAGGAGCCAUCUGGCUGAAGCAGCAGCCCUGUACAGCCUCGUGGAUGAGCAGCUUCAUGUCCUGGUCACCGCAUCCAACCACCUCCUGGGGAGGCUGGAGCUCCGCAUCCGCCUGGGCCGCCUGGAGGCUGCCAUCUGCCAGGUCAGCGAUUGGAUGGAGCAGGAAGGGAGCCAGUGUCUGCAGGCACUCACCCCUGAGGACAGAAGCAUGGAGACAGUGGCGCGAGCCCAUGCCGAGUUCGAGGCCUUCUUCCUGCAGGCUGUGGCCCAGUACCGCCGCGGCCUGGAGCUGUCCAAGCAGGCAGCCCAACUGGGAGUGGCGGCCGGAGGGGCUGACAAGGCUGGAGGCCAGGGGCUCCCAGAGCUCGUGGCCUUCGCCGCCACCCAGCGGGCCUUCCAGGCCAAGCUGACCCACUUCUACAUGGCGGCCGAGCGGCAGCGCACCGAUCUCGACACGCUGCUGCACCUGCAUCGCUUCUGCAAGAAGAUGACCUGGUUCCACAUGGACUGUCAGGACCUGGUGAGCCAGCUCAGGCUGGGCAAGGCUAAGAGGGCCAGCCCCGGGGACCAGCGCCGCCUGCACCGGUACCUGCAGCGCCUGGCAUCUGAGUUCCCUGCCGAGAAGUUGGCAGCCAUGGCACUGCAGGUGGCCUCCCUGAGCCAGGCGGGCCUGGGCCAGGACCUGUGGCAGGAAGCCCGAGGGAGACAUCAGGAGAUCCAGAGCCUGCUAAAGAAGGCGCUGGCCCACUGCCCGUGCCCGGUGGACUCCACUGCCCACUCGGCACCCUCAGAACCAAGAGGGGCAGCAGCCAAGGGCUGGGGUCCGAAUGGAGAAGCAGCUUCUAAGGGGAGGUGGGACCUGCCCCUGCAGGACUCUUUGGGUGUGGAUCACUUGCCCAAACCCUGCUGGCCUCCUUGGGCUGCCAGAAGCCGGCAGAGCAGAACCCUCCAGGUGGACCCUCCAUGCCCUGGCCAGGUGGUAGGGGCUGAUGACGGCAAAGGCUCCCAGAAGCUUCCAGAGCCCACCCUGGAGCGCUCCUGUGCCACCCUCUUCUCCUGGCAGUGGCUCCCCAGGAAGAGCCAGGUCUCCUGUCCUACUGGGGACAGCUUCUCCUCAGAGGGGACAGACUCACAGACAUCCCUGGAGGACUCGCCCCAAACAAGUCCACCUGCAUCCCUCUAGUUGGAGAUGCCCCUCUCAGCACCAGGCUCUGGGGUGGCUGGCACAAGACCCGCUGGAGGGAGAGCUGGUCAGUCUCUCAGAGACAUGACCACCAAAGAGCUAGAUUGUGCUGAGAGGACAGGACUCGCUCUGGCUGCGGAAAACUCCAGAAAGACCCACUUCUCACACAUGCAGAAUAGGGGGUUGGGAGUCAGGAUCCCUGCACAGUAAAGCAUUCAUUUCCCCAUCACUCCAGGGUCUUCUCGCGGAAGGCCUGUUGGUACAGAUGCUGCCGAAGCUCCCGCUCAGGCAGCCUAAUACACUACCCCCCUGAGGGACACCGGUGCCAGUGUAGACCCCCUACAGGACACAACACAUGGACUCCUGUCUUAGGGUCACCCGGAAACAGACCUGGGACAAGGACCCAAGUGUAAGUGCUUUUGGAGUGACCCCAGGAGCCAGUGGCAGCGAGUAGGAGAUCGGUCUGUGAUGGGAAUAAAGCCACGUUGUCAAGCAGA